GAUUUGAUUUUUUUUUUUUUAAGAGAGAGUGGUUUAUUACUUUAUUUUGUCUGGCGCCUUUUUCGUACGAUGGAGGAAAGAACCAAUCUCCGGCUUGGAAACGAGGUCAAAAUGCAGUCGAAUCACCAGUUCAUGACGUCUGAGGAUCAUGGUAAACUCAGAAAUUUGAUUUUCCUCUGUAAUUUCAAUCCGUAUUUGUCAAAAUCGGUUAUCAUUAUCAAUUGGGAUUACUUAAAAUGACUAUUCUCAUUCCAACAUAAAACAUUUCAGCAGUUGGGAAGCUUGGAGAGAAGUUAUUGAAUUGUUUUAAGACCCAAAAGAAGCAAGAGAAAGGGUUAUCUUCUUGAACCAUGGCUAGCUUUAAGUUUGUCAGGGUUGUUGGGAGUGAAAACUCAAAGAUGCAACUGGCUCUUCCAAUCAAGUUUGUAAAAUUGUAUGGAGAUUCAUUGGCCAGUUUUGCAUCCCUUGUUCUUCCAUGUGGCCAUACAUGGAAGAUUGGUUUGGUUAGACGUGAUAACAAGAUAUUUUUACAAAAAGAGUGGCCAAAAUUUGUUCAACAUUAUGGGAUAAUUAAAAUUAAUAGUCAUCUACUGAUAUUUGAUUAUAGAGGGAAUUCAAAGUUUGAUGUUUCUAUAACAGAUGAAACUUCAUGUGAGAUAGAUUACACUCACUUUCCUUUCCAUUCUGAUGGGAAGAAGAUUGACAAAGCACCUGUGAUUCGUUUAACAUCAAGUGAGGAGUGUUCUUCUAACUCGGAUUCCGACUCGGUUUCUAACUCGGUUUAUGAAGCAAAGUUUAUGAUUAGUGCAGAAACUAAAGAUGACACACUGAAGAAGAUGAAGCAGGGAAAGAGGAGGAGGCAUGAAGGACCAUAUAAUAAGUACACAUACUAAAGCUUACAAAGAGGCUAGCCAAUUCUAUUCAAAGUAUCCUUUUUUCAAAAGAAUUAUAAGAAUGGAUAAAACCGGUCGUUCUUAUAAUUUGCGUCUACCAAAUAGUUUCAUUAAGAGUCAUCUUGGAUCAAAGACUCAGAUCAUAUCUCUUAAAGUUGGGAGCAGGAAAUGGGAUGUGAAACUUCUAAAUUGUGAGUGUGGCUUCUUUUUUUCCAAAGGAUGGGCUGCCUUUCUGGAGGCUAACUCUGUAAACACUGGAGAUGCAUGCAUUUUCGAGUUUGUGUCUAGGGAACAAGCCUCGCUCAAAGUCUCCAUUAUUAGAAACAAUAGAGUUUAGUUCUUAGUGAUGAUAUUAUCUUCAGUUUCUCAUAAAGUCUAUCUUUGUUUAUCUUUUAGUCUAUCUUCUAAGUCUAACUUUAGCUUUUGUAUUAGUUUGAAUUGAACAUAUUUUUACUGAAGUUGAGUCUGUUUAGAGAUAUUAUAGGGAUGAUAUGAGUACUUUCUCAAUGGUGUUUGUUUAGAGUUAUUAUGAAGCUUCUUAUAUUAGUUACAGCUGUCACUACUAUUUGUGGGUUUGACAUUAUUAAUCAUGUUCAUUUGUUACUUUAUUUAUACAUCCAAAUAAGAGAGUUUGUUUUGCUUUUUAAUUGAGAAAUACAUG